AUUUAUUCAUAGUUAUUGAAGGAAUAUAUCCAUCAAAUAUCUUGACAAUAGAAUCAUUUGAAGGUUAAUCUAUCAUAAAUACCGUUAUAUAGAAUACAAAAGCAGAUAAGUGCUUCCAGAAUUCAAACCAUACGAUUAUCUUAAGAAAACAACUAAGCUACCAUUCAAAUCAAAAGAGAAAAAGUUACCAAACAUGGCAUCAAAGACAAACGGUAAACAGAAGAAAGAAGAAGUGUUGCAGGAGCAAAUCACAACUCAAGAAGCUCUUAAGUUAUAUAAGAACACUCUCAAUUUCAAUGUCAUCAGCAGAUAUGAUCCAUCUAUAAAACAACUAUUAUGUUCAACUUCAUACUGUGUGAUAUAUAACUUCAAUGAUGAAUCUCAAGAUUGGGUGAAAAGUGAAUAUCAAGGUACCCUUGCAUUAUAUUUAAGAGAUUUCACAAUACCUAGUCCUGAUCAUGCUCCACAAUACACUGAUUUACAAAACUUAUUCUGUUAUGGUAUAAUACUAUUAAAUAGAACUAAUCCAGAUUGUUUUUCAUUAGGUUUACUUCCUAAUAAAGUCACCGAACAUUAUUUCCCAAAUGGAUUGAAUAACUCUGACAUUAAAGAAAUGGCAGUUGAAUUAAAUGAUAAUUUGAUCAUAAUAAGGAAUUUAUUAGGAGAAAUCUACGGUUUAUGGGUAUUUAAUGAAGAAGAUAGAGCUAAAUUGUUUAAAUUAUUAGAAUUCUGCUUAAAUGGAGAUUCAGCCCUCAAUAGUGAGUAAAACCUCUUGUUAAAUAGCUUUUCAAUAUAGAUUAAUAAUGAUUUAAAUGUAAUCAACUUGUACUAUAAAUUCUAAAUUUGGAAGGGUCAUGUGACUGAUUUCAAAAUUUUAUGAUCG